AUGGGGCAAGGCAGGGUGAGAGGGACGGUGGGGGAGAGGAUACGACAGCUGGAGAUCGCAGCAGCAAGCGCGGCUGCUGCUGCAGGCGUGGGGAGGGGGGCGGCUGCAGGGAGGAAAGGGAGAGGAGGAGCAGCUGGAGUUGCUGCUGCUGCUGCUGCUGCUGCUGCUGCUACUGCUGCUGCUGCUGCUGCUGCCGCUGCUGCCGCUGCUGCUGCUGCUGCUGCUGCUGCUGCUGCUGCUGCUGCUGCUGCUGGUGGUGGUGGCAGGGUGAAUGUUCGUAGAGAGUGGGGCCCCAAGGGGAGAAAAGCAGCGAUGCUUGCUGCUAGGGAGACAGGAGGAGCAGGGAUUGGCAGUGGGAAGGGGAAAUGCCACGAAAUUAGGGAGGAUGGGGACGGGGAUGGGGAGGGAGAGGGGGGAUGUAUUGGGGAGGAUGCACUGGGAAAGGGCUCGGGUGUUGGAGCGGGGGAUGUACCUGUGCUGACUGUGGGAGGAGCAGAAAGCCGGGAGGUUUUUGAGGGCACUGUUGUGAGUGUUGCUACCGUCCGUGGUGCUGGUACACGCGGGGCGGCAAGGGGGAGAAAGGGAGGGAAGAAGGGGAGUGCAGCGGAGGAUCAGCUUCCGUUUUGGGCGGCAGACUCGUUCUCCUUCCCCUACAUCACGCCAGCCACUCCCCUGCUGACACGUGGCAGCACCAGGAAGCGAUUCUUUGCCGCUGAUCUCUCGGUCGCUGCUGACGUGGCAUCAUCCAGUGGCCAAUCAGACGAUCCCGCCCCUGGAGCCAUCUACUUCCCUCGCCGUCUCCCCCUCCUCUACUCCUCCUCCCCUCCCUUCCCUCCUCCUCCUCCUCCUCCUCCUCGUCGUCCCCGCAGCUCCCCCCAUUCCUCUCCUUCCUCCUCCCCUCCCCAACCCACAGCAACCGAACCCCCCAUCUGCAUGGCUCGCUCUUUCACCUUCACAUACGGCUUUUCCAUAAAUGUAUCCGCUUCCCAUGGACUCGCAUUCGUUAUAAGCACACAUGCGAGCGUGGGCCUAGGCGGGGCUUAUAUGGGGUACGGCCGGGACCCAUCCUCGCGACUCACUAACGGCAGCUGGCCGGACGGCGCGCGGAGUGUAGCUGUGCUAUGGCACCCACAGGCUGUAACAAACCCGGAAACUGACGAUCCAAAUGCUUAUCACAUAGGCGUUAACACCGAUUUCAACAUGACUUCGAUUUUCGAGGAGGAGGUGUCAAAUGUGGUGGAGGCAGAGGAGGUGUUGCAGAUGAGGGUUGACUAUAACGGGAGAAGCAAGGAGAUGCUGAUCCGAUGGGAGGGGGAAGGGGGGGAGCUGGGGGGGAGGGAAGGAGGGGGAGGGGUAGCAAGCCACGUGCCUGCUCUGAAGAGUGCUCCUCUGUUCCAUGACACCGACCCCUGCAAGGCCUCUCCCGUGCAGCCCUGUGGCACGGGUGCAUGCACCAAGGCACGUGCCCCGUGGGACCCGUCUAUCCUCGUGCCCUCCUGCAAGUGCCCCUUGAAGCUCCCCUCCUUCCAACCCUCCCACCUUGCCGGCCUGCCCUCCUGCUUCCCUGGUGAGCCGUGGACUGAGGUAGGCAAGAGGCGGAGAGCGGUAGUCUGCUGCUCACUCACUCUUGCUCUCUUCCCACUCUGCUUCCCCGAUUGUCUUUCCCCUUCCCUCGCCCUCCCUAAACCAGAUUCCUUCACAUGUCGCCAGUUCCCCCGCAACCCGUGUGCCCCGGGGGUGUGCAUUGAUGACAUAGAUGGCACCUACUCCUGCCUCUGCCCCUCGCCCUACUUCCCCUUCUACUUUUACCCCAAAGGCGCUGCCCGCUGUUACCAUUGUGCGUACCACAUGCCCAUCCGAUGGCUCUUAUCGUCAUGGCUCUCAUCACAUGCACCUCUGCGAUUGGCUGAGACUCGAAUGCCCACCUUCCUGUCGCCCUACGGCCUCACAUGCGCGCUCAUCCUCAACACCUACGGGCUCACCCAAGCAGACUUCUUCAGCCAAAACAAGGGGUUCCAGUGCCGAGCGCCCAUCCCUGUAGGCACUCUUGUUAACGUCACCAGCCGGGCUUUCUCCCAAUGCACUGCCAUGUACACUGCUAAUUAUGGUGACACGUGUGACUCACUCAACGCCCUCUUCUCCACGCAGAUACAGCCGCUCAACCCCGCCCUCACCUGCUCUGAUGGGCCCAGACCCGGCCAGCUCCUCUGUGUAUCCCUCAACCAGACGUGGCUAGAAGAGGGAAUGACCCGCAUAUCAUGCAAGCUCCAGGCCCAAAUCACCCCAGCCGUGACACAAACCCCGCCCACAACCUCACCCAGCCCUCAACCACCCCCUCCUCCUCCGCCUCUAGCCAACUACACGAGCGUAGGUGUGCUCGUGACGGUCCUCCAGGGCCCGCAGACCUGCCAGCAGCUGUGGCGGGCGUUUGCCAUCGCCUCCCCCACGCGCUUCUUCCAGAUGAACCCCGGCCUCUCUUUAUUUUUCUUCCCCUUCCAUCCUGUUCCUCACUGA